CGGCGUGUUUGAUCCCACAGGUAACGGGUUGUGUGUGUGGAUAAGGAUACACGAGUGGCGGGAAAAUAACGAGGAUCGUCUGCCAGAGUCCACUUUCCUGCGGUGGCAUUCGGCGCCUGUUUAUACUACGAGAUGAUGUCGGGAAGGAAACUGACAGACCUUCAUUCCCGCAGCUAUCGCGUGUGGCAAGGGUACGUACACUCGAGAGGCCACCUGACUCGGCAUGCGCACGGGCGAACCGCGGUGACACUGACCCAGUUGUUCCGUUCCCGCACAAGCUCCCUUUCUCACCUUUCCUGCGUGCCCCGCUUGCUUGUUCCGACGCCACGCCCGACCACCGGUUGGGAGAGGGUCUUCGUCGCAGAGCCAGUCGUCCACCGGGUGACAGGGGUGUGGUGCCCUCCUCAGAGUUCAGAGAUCUCGGUGAUGGCUGGCGCGUUUUCGCGGGAUUUCCCCGGUUCUUUCUCCGUUUCUCCGUGAGAUCGCCGCUUCCCUGCGUGACGUCUGACCGGGAAAAAGGCGAAGGCGGAGGGAGAAGCUGUGGAAAGCUCCGUUGAGCAGGCGGUGCCUGGUCAGCAGCUGCCACGCCACAAGGGUGUGGGUACGCACCACGAACGGAGUCCACUGGAGCGCGCGGUGGCGGUCGGCAGAACGCCGAAACCUUUGACUUCGACAACUUCCCAGCAGUUCUUUGUUUCGAAUUCUUCUUCGAGACACGGAAUCUGUUCGCGUUUUCCGCUUUGCGCACAGGGAGCCGAGCAAAUCCCUUUCUCAGGAGAGGGCCGGCGCCUCCAGGCGCGCUCGCCGCGGACGAAGAACACGAGGCACAAAAGUAGAGUCUAAGGUAUGCCCGGCAGCGCGAGCUUCGCACGCUUUUAUUUCCAAACUUUUUUUUUCAAGGUCUUCGAGCGACUGCCUGCUCCGUCCCCUUGUCGGUCGCCGCACACUGUGUGUAUUUUUGUGCAUGCGCGUUCUGGAGAAACUGCAGGACACACCGUAUGUGUACGCAGAGUUGCGUUGCCUCCCCGUGUGUACGCGAGAGACUCUCUGCGUUCCCCUCUGUCUCCUCGGGCUUCUCCGCCCUGACACAAAUCUCUUGACUCUCUUUCACCUUACACACUCUGGAAGGAGCGACAUGAGCCGAGAGGAAAUUCAUUUCCCGGGAGACGUAGGUAAGCGCCGUCCGCGCGUCUUCGCCCUCCGAUUCUCAUCUCUUCCUCCGUUUCUCAGAGUGACAAAACGUGGUGGAGUGCGCCAAAAACGCGGCCUGAGAGACACUUCCACCGACGAGAGAGUGUGCGCCACUUCCAAAGAAGAAACGCCGACCGAUCCGCAUGCAGGAGCUGUGGAUCCCUUUUCAAGUCUGUGUGGUCUUGGUGAGUGGACCCAGGGGCAGUGUCUCCUCACGGACCUUAAAGGGCCAGUGUCGGAGACAGGCUCAUCUCCCAUUUCUGUUUUCCAACGAAGCCGCACGCACUUUGGAGCGCAGUCCCUGGCCGGUUGGGGUGCUCCCAGUCCACGCAGCGCUCAAACGGAGGCCGUCUCCCGGCGGUGUCCCGGUCUGUGAAACCUGCAUGUGUCCAUCGUCUUUGCUCCUCCUUGGACUCCGACAAAUAAGCCGCAGGAAAGCGCAGAUCUCUCGGCAGCCCUCGUUUCUUUUCUCGCUCUGAAAGCGCCCUGCGGAGGAGUCAACAUGGAGGCCAGCCUCAGUAGAUGCCCCACGUCUCCGGGGGAGAGCGAGACGGAGAGACAGGGAGAGCUUCAAGUCGUGCGAAAGGGCUUCGCGGCUCAGGGAAGACACCCGGGGAAGGGGGAGGCGAGUGCACCUCUCGGCAGUCCCAGCACAGCGAGAAAGCCUGAAGAGGCUGGAGGCGCCACAUGCGACGCAGGGGAGGACGUAGGAGCGCGAGGGGUCGUGGGGAGGAGCGAAGACGAGAGACUCAACCGGGGUGACAGUCGGCAGGAGCUGGCAGAGGGUGAACUCGGGGGGAGGGCACAGAGCGACGACAAGGGAAGGCGAAGCAAGAGGCGACGCAGGGCCGACAACGAGGAGAGACGCGCGCCCUGUGAAGCGGCAGAGUUCUCUGAAUCGCUCGAAGCCUUCCUUCUCGGUGGGCCAGAGCCGGAAGGAGACGAGAGCGUUGCGGCGAGACCGGUGCAUUCGAAGGGAGUGUCUGGGGUAGUCGCGAAUGCUGCCACUCACACACAAGGCAGCACACACGGCUUUCGGAGGAGGUCUGCAUACAGAUCGAGUUGUACCAGCCUCGAGGCGAACGGCGGGGGCACUACGGGAGGUUCGAAGCCAUUCAGGUCCUUCUCUCCAGACUGCGGCCUGGCCUCCACAACGGUCGGGUCGAGUGUCGCCGCAUCUCCUGAGGGGUGGAGUGUCUCCACGACUCCAGUGCCAGGCGCCGGUGCCCGCGCGACUGGAGCUCCAAACUUCGGCUCAGCCUGCUCGAUGACGCCCGCCUCGCGGUCGCGAGUUCCCUCACCUGUGGGCUCGCCCCCUGCCGGCCAGGCGAGCUUCGACGGCUUCUUGCGAAGCCCCUCUGGAGAGGACCGAGGCCUCUCGCCCUCCCGACCGGACGACUGCGAUUCGGUGAGCUCAGGCACCGACUCUGCCCAGAAUGCUCUCCGCGAAGAACUACAGACGAUGCUCAGUCUGGGCCUCCUCUACUUGAAGCGGGAGCGCGACGGCGAAGACACAGCAGAUCUCGCGGCCCACCUCGCGGCUGUGGCCGGGAGAAGCAAAGAGCCGAGGGGUGGCGAGGACUGUCUGUCUCCAAAUCGUACUCAGACGCGCCCAACCUCCUCGCUCGCCGAGGACGAGGCGACGCCGUCUGGUAAGCUGCCGGGCGCUGCGGGGCACCAAGUGUCUCCAGUGUCUCCGGAGCGCGAGCUCCCAGCCACUCGAAGCUCCCGCGGUGACAGAACGCGCGCUCGCGCCAAGGGCACACAUAUGGGGUGGCCGCGAGGGGCCGAGGGCGACGAGGCGGGGACCGUCGAGGCUGACAGACCAAAGGCGAAGGGCGGCGAGGAGGCAGCCGAGGAUGCGGAGACACGCGAGCGGAGGCGACCUGGCGAAAACGGAAAAGAUGACGCAGGCGUUGUUGGAACUGCAGAGAAACGCCUCGGCGUUCAUUACAGCCGCUACGACCGCUCAUGGGUCGCCCGGUACACACAAGGAGGGCGCGUUCUGAAGAAGUACUUCUCCACCAAGGUGUACGGACACGAGCUCGCCCGGGAGAAGGCCGUUGCGGCGCGACUGGAGAUGGAGCAGCAGGCGCAGUCGAGCGCGUCGGCAACCUCGGGGGCCACGACGGCCUCUUCGCCAUCAAGCGAGAAGGCGCCAAUCACAUGCCAAGACGGAGACGCUCCGUCGUUCAGCUCUUCUGGAAAGCUCGCAGGUGUGUGCGCGUUGUCCUCCGGCGCGUCUGGCUCGCUUGGGUCGGGGGCGGAGGCCCAGGGUCCUGCGUCGAGCGGCUCGGCGGCCGUCGACGUCUCCCCCGGAGGCGUCACGCCCGUCGCCGUGGCUCACGCCUAUGGCUCUGCUUCCCCCUCUUGGGUUUUUUGUCCUUACGGACAGGCGCCGUCAGCCGUAGCUUCGCGUUCUCUGUCACCGUAUCCGUUUUCCACGCCGCCGUUCUGCGGCUUCGCGCCCUUCUCGAGCCCCACGGGGCCCUGUACGCCCGCGCCGCCACUCUGGUGUUCGUACACCUCAUCUGCCUGCGCGGCGGUGGGGCAGCCGGUGGGCGGGUCGCGCGGGAGGUCAGUCUCGCCGGAACGGCCGCAGAAUGUCGCCGCGGAGAAGAGCGAAGCCUCUCAAACCUUUGGGCAGGCAGACGAGGCGGUGCCAACCACUUGCGUCACGCCUUAUGGAUGGAUCACAUUUACGCCCUUUCCACCAAGGCACGAAAGCAGCAGACUCGCGCGCGAAGACGUGAAGCGGCGACGCCGUGAAGACCCCAAAGAUCGUGGCGAAGACGCACAGAGAAACGAGACGGCUGGGCAAAGGCUGCUCGAGGGGCGGGCCUCCCUGUCGGCUGCAGAGAAAGGCAAGGGCGCUGUUGUCGAGGGGGGCGAAGGCUGUCGUGUCUGUACCCUUCGAGGCAGUGAACGUGCGAGGACGCCGCAGGCUGUCUCGCUCGGUUCCUCGGCGUCGCUUGCGUUUCCCUGCCACGGCUUCGCUGGCGCUGCAUGCCGCGCAUGCAAGGCCGAGCCGGGCAGCGGAGAGCAAAGGGUGUGCGAGCAGGGGGCUUCGUCUGGGUGGCCAGUCGAAGGCGAGAAGAGUGGAACGGCGCACUCGAAGCGGCGGCCCUCUGGAACAGAGCUCCCCUUCGAGGUUUGGCCCACAGGCUUCCCCGGCGCCGGCCCCGUGGUCCCGAAUGCCUUCCCUUCGCUGCCCUUCUCGCCGUUUCCUUACUUCUUCCUCCCUAGUUUCCAAAGCGUAGAUUUCUUGUCUGCUCCCUCGGCACACUUUCCCCACCAAGUCUGCUCAGUGCCAGCUGCGCUUGGACUCCACGGGCGAGCGCCCUUGGGCCGGUCCGCCUCCAGCGACAGGCCUGCGUGGAUGAGGUGCUCACCUUCCGAGGACUCCAGCGAAGAUGUACAAGUUGACGGGGAUGGCGGCGGGGAAGGCGCAGAGAGACUGGAAGCUUUCGAACGCGAGCGAAGAGACUCACGAGUCGCGGAACGGCUUGUAGAGACUGUUGAGGUGGAGACGGAGACAGAAGUCGAGAAGGAGAAGGAGGUGGCCGUGGCGCCGGCGGAGACAGAGGAGGAGAUCAAGGCGGAGCAGAGUGAAGAAGGGAGAGUCUAUCGCCCUCGUCUGGACUCCCGGCGAAUCGAGUUGCGGCCAGGAGGGCGGAAGAAGCCGUCGCGGAGGACGCCUGUCUCCGAGCCCGAAGGGCCGCUGCGAGUCGCUCCCUCCGCCGCAGACCGCGAGGCGGGCCAGGAGACAGAGGAGGACUGGAGAGACACUGUGGGGUGUUCCGAGAACCGCGAAGAUGGCGUCGAGAGGCUGAAGCUGCCUCAGUGGCCCCGAGAAGCAGCCGGAUCCGACAACUUAUCCGCAGAGGAGGACAAGUCGGACAACGCAUGCAAAAGGGGCUACGUGGUCCACCGUGCGCACCCUGCGGCCGGCUGCCAGGCUGCGUCUCUCCUAGGGGUUUGCCUGUCGUCUCCGGUCGGGCGGUCGCCGCCGGGGUGCUUGCAUGCGCAUUCGCCAUGUCCUUUUGCCUCGCCAGUUCCCUGCAGCUUCCUGCCGCCCAGUCCUGUCGGGUCGAACGUGCUUUUUCCGGCUCUUUUCCCAGGAGGUGUGCACCCGGGUCCUGUUUUUCCUGCGCACCUGCCCCUCUUUUCUCCCGUGGCUGGCUUCGCGGGUGCGGGUGCCGGGGCGCCUGCAGGGCCAUCGGGUUUUUCCUUUGGAUGCAGUCAGUCGCCUCGGCCGAAUGCGUAGGCGGCGGACAUCGCUCUUUUGUAUGUUUUCUCUGCGCGUUGUGGGUGCGUGCGUCCGCGCCUCUGGCCGGGUGUGUGUGUGUGUGUGUGCUCGUUGGGUGUCCAGACACAGCUUCCUCUACUCGUUCGCGUUGUCCGCGCCCCGCGACUGCCCGGGUUCUUUUUUGCUCCCGCGCUGUUGAGGUAUCUGUUUCUCUCUGGCAAGAGAGCAGUUCCGUUUCUGGAGGAACUUCGCCUUUGAAGAGGCCAGCCCUCGCAGGGGAGGGGCGACCCCUCGCUCGGAGCAAUCCGUGACACAUCGUCACAAAGGGACUUUCUCGGGGCUGUGGAGGCGAGCAAGCAUCAGGCGGGAGACAGCGAGAGACGCAGCGAAAGGAGACGAGGAAGGAGACAAAUGUGAUGUCGUAGAGCUCAGUUGGGCGAGAGCGCAGAACGGAGAAAACUGAGUCGCGCGCAAAUGGCGCCGACAGGAGAAGACACGCUUUCUCGCGGACAAAGGACAAGUCGAUCCUAGAGCGGGGAUCGUGCAGAACGAGAAAGCAUGAAUUGGACUGCGCAUCGGGGGUCUUCCAGGGCGCGCAGACUCUUUGGAGGAACGUGUCAGAGCCAUCGACACCUGGCGAGCCAGGUGUCUCUGUACCUAACCUGUCCUGGCCGUCGUUUCACUCGAGUUCGCAGACGAGAAACGGAGAGAACUGCAGCAAAGACACAGCUGUUCUCCCCUUUUUUUGCAGGCCGAGGGUUUCUGCCCGACAACAUUCCGUGUGGAAGCGUGAACGCGGGCGGUUCCACGUCUGUCAACGCCGUCUUCGCGAACAGGGGGCGGAGCACAUGUGCUGGCGGCCACUUCCAUUUUCAGAUUUCUUGAAGGGAGUUUCGGUGCGUAGUGCGUGGUGGGGUGUGAGGGAGGCGAGUUCUGCAUGUGUUGUGGGCGUUCGCUGCACUUUGGGUGUGCACCGGCCAGAGGGGCGAUUCACGCUCAAGAUGCAUCCUGCCUCGCGCUUGGGUCUCCACACCUGCGAGACACAUGCGCAUUUUUUUGCAGGAAUCGAGGAGCCCAGCAUACUUGGUCUCUUCUCGACCACCCAGGAUUUCGGGAGAGGGUGAGCAGUUAGUGCAGGAGGGGUGCCACGAACUGCCAGAGGCGUCCGCUGCCGUUUUCGCGGUCGAGAGUGCGGCGGUCGGUAGACGCACGUGAAGUGAAGGCGCGGGAGGAAAGUGUUCAUGUUUCUGCUGAUUCCGUUUUUUGGAGUUUCAUCGCAGCGCUGCCGGGGCAUCGCCGGAGCAUGCGGCCACGGGUUUAUGUGUCGCGGCCUCAUCUCUGCAGAUGCAUCGUAUCUUCGCGUAGCAGAUCCAGCUCUACGCGUACUCGAGACUCCACUCUGUGACACCAGGUGCCCACGGGUGUGUUUCGCUUUUUAUCCACCUCAGCCGGUCAAAGAGGGUGUCUCACACCUUUCCGCAGACACGUUGCCUGCAAAACUACCGAAUGAAAAGUUCAUCCCGAACUCGAGAAUCGGGCGAAAGUUGUUGCUCAAGAACAUGACGUCGAGAGCAGUUCAACACGUUCGCGCGCCGCAGCAUGUCGUACCUGACUGUCUUUUUCUAGCGAAUUCCACGGCGUCGAAAGGCGUUCCAUCAACUGAACCGGUGGUGUGUUCCUAUCUUUGGCCUCAACUUGGCAACGUAGUGCGGACAGUGUUGAAACGCAUGUGACCAGCACAACAACGUAGAAGAAGACUAGGUGACAUUACAUUUAACCUCACAGUGGAUACGUGUCUGCGGAGAGCAAGGUGUCCGCAAAGUCCUCGACGACUCCGAGUUUUUUUUCGGAAGCAGCGCGGAAAAGAAAAGUAUCACACGCGAGAACAGGUAUCGGGCUCUGCUGGCAAGGGCUCCACGUGACUGUAAAUCGGUCCUGCGACCCCCAGGCAAAAAAAACGAUUUGCAGUGCACGUUCAGAACAGACGCCAGCUCUCCGAGAGUCGCGCACAGAUCCAUCACAGGUAGUCUUAAAAUGAGUAAAGGAGGUGCAGGUAGAACGUGUCGAAAGCUGCGAGUGCUCGUCUACGCGCUUGUGAGCAGCAGGCAACGUUUUCCUCAGAGCAGUUCACUUCCCGGAUUUCCGCCGAACGCACCACCUGCGUGUCUGUCACAGCCGUUCGAGGAACAGGCCUGGAACGAAAGUGUCUGCUCCUUUCAGCGCGUUCUUGUCUCGGGCGCUCCUCCGAGUCAGGCAGUUCUUCACGCGAAGCACGUGGACACCGACGGUUUCGGGAGUUGCGAGGUCGUCCUGGCGGCCCACAGGGACGGCGGGCCUCUCCGACAAGCGACGCACACUGUCGAGCGCGCAGAAAAUUGGAGAAGUCCAGGAGUGACGCAUCUGGAAAUAUCCGAACGGAAGGAGCGACGUGGCGAUGUCUGCCUCUCGGCGAGGCACAGAUGUCGAGCAAGCCUUGCUGCAGGCUACUGAAGCCGAAGAAGCGAGCGUUGCUUCGCACCUGCACCUCCGUGCGAAUGACGAC